GGUGGGGUUAAUCAAUGGAUGGUGAGCUGUAUUGAUGGGAUAUAUCAGGGUUUCUGGGACGGUUGGAUUGGACUGGAUUGGAUUGGAUUGGAUGGGUAUUGGAUGGGUAUUGGAGUCUGGGGCAUUCUGAGGGUGGUAUGGUAUGGUAUAGUAGUUUGUACAGAAGGAAAGGACAGGAGAAGGGAUGUUCUCCCGUGGUCCGUGGCUCGGAUUCUAUGUAGGUUUAGGGGGGAGGGAUUGUGUGGUGUGGUGCGUGAUCUUGUGUCAGCUUUUUUUCGGCCAUAUUCUUUAGUCUCCUUUUUCUUUUUCUUUAGACCCUUCUUCUUCACUUCACUUCACUUUUCGAUUCGAUACGGGGGGGGGGCUUCGACAGCUCAGCUCUGCUUUUAUAGGCUUUUAUUUUUUGGAUGGAUGGGUUUUUGUGGUUUGGUUUGGUUCUAGCUUUCUUCUCUUCUCUUCUUCUCUUCUCUUCUUCUUC